AGGCGGAGCGGCAACGUUUUUCAUCACCACAAGUCAUUUUCCCUUUACGGUUAGCCCAGCAGUGGAGCGGCUAGAUCCACAGCCAUCGACACGCAACUUCGCUGUGCCUAGCUGCAGCAAGCUUGCAGACAACAGCCAGCUUCGAUCUUCCUCGCCGACUUUCAGAAAUUCGACCAAACCGAGCUACGACGCUCUCUCUGCCGACGCAAAUUUGGAACCCUUCAGACUGGAAUCAUGGCGGAUAGAUACUCAUUCUCUCUCACAACAUUCUCGCCCAGCGGCAAGCUGGUUCAGAUCGAAUAUGCCCUCAACGCCGUCAACCAAGGCGUAACAGCCCUCGGCAUCAAGGCAACAAACGGCAUCGUUCUCGCGACAGAAAAGAAGUCGUCCUCCCCGCUCGCCGACCCCUCCUCGCUCUCCAAGAUCAGCCUCAUCACGCCCAACAUCGGCAUGGUCUACUCGGGCAUGGGGCCCGAUUACCGCGUGCUGGUCGACCGCGCGCGUAAGGUCUCCCACACGGGCUACAAGCGCAUCUACAACGAGUACCCGCCCACGCGCAUCCUGGUGCAGGACGUGGCGCGCGUCAUGCAAGAAGCCACGCAGUCGGGCGGCGUGCGUCCUUACGGUGUCAGUCUGCUGGUAGCCGGGUGGGACGAGGGGGUGCUGCCCGAGGAGGAGGUGCUCAAGCAGGAGAAGGCGGCACAGGAGGGUGCGGGGGGGGAGUCGGGGGAGGGGGAGCAGAAGAAGUUGGGCGGCAAGACCGGGGGGAUUCUGAAGGGCGGGCCGAUGCUGUACCAGGUUGAUCCGAGCGGGAGUUAUUUCCCCUGGAAGGCGACGGCGAUCGGCAAGAGUGCGACGACGGCUAAGACGUUCUUGGAGAAGAGGUACACGGAAGGCUUGGAGCUGGAGGAUGCGGUGCACAUCGCGCUGCUGACGCUCAAGGAGACGAUUGAGGGGGAGAUGAACGGGGAGACGAUUGAGAUUGGUAUUGUUGGCCCGCCCGCGCACCACCUCCUUGGCGUUGAAGGCGUCGAGGGUGCGGUAGGACCCCGCUUCCGGAAGCUCUCGCCGCAGGAGAUUGAGGAUUACCUCACGAAUCUAUGAUUACUGCGAUGACGUUCUGAUAGCACGGAUGGAAUGAUGAACGGAAAGCGACUCUUAGGCGUUCCCCUCUCUGCGGGCAACCUUUCAUUGUACACUAGACGACAGGAACAUGACGGGGUGAUAGAGAGUACCUGAGCUAGGUCGUUUUACCGGGCUCCGGGCGGCUUCCCAACGAUCAAGAACGAGUUUCUCGGCCCGGCUGCUACUCCCCUGACGGUUUGUCCUGAACUGAGCACAGAGCCCAGGUCAAUGCCGGUCCAAGUUUUGGUGGAGG